AAAAGAACUUCUAGUGCAAUCACCAUGCCUGACCUCAAGCUAUACUACAGAGCAAUUGUGAUAAACACUGCACGGCACUGGUACAGCAACACACAGGUAGAUCAAUGGAAUAGAAUUGAAGGCCCAGAAAUGAAUCCAUAUACCUAUGGUCACUUGAUCUAUGACAAGGGAGCUAAAACAAUCCAGUGGAAAAACGACAGCAUUUUCAACAAAUGGUGUUGGCACAACUGGCGGUUAUCAUGUAGAAGAAUGCGAAUUGAUCCAUUCUUACCUCCUUGUACAAAGCACAAGUUUAAGUGGAUCAAAGAACUCCACAUAAAAUCAGAGACAGUGAAAUUUAUAGAGGAGAAAGUGAGGGAAAGCCUCGAAGAUAUGGGCACACGGGAAAAAUUCCUCAAGAGAACAGCAAUGGCUUGUGCUGUAAGAUCAAGAAUCGACAAAUGGGACCUCAUGAAAUUGCAAAGCUUCUGUAAGGCAAGAGAGACUGUCAAUAAGACAAAAAGGCCACCAACGGAUUGGGAAAGGAUUUUUACCAAUCCUAUAUCUGAUAGGGGACUAAUAUCCAAUAUAUACAAAGAGCUCAAGAAGUUGGUCUCCAGAAAUUCAAACAACCCCAUUAAAAAAUGGGGUACAGAGCUAAAUAAAUUCUCAACUGAGGAAUACCAAAGGGCUGAGAAGCACCUGAAAAAGAUGUUCAACAUCUUUAAUCAUCAGGGAAAUGCAAAUCAAAACAACCCUGAGAUUCCACCUCACACCAGUCAGAAUAGCUAAGAUCAAAAAUUCAGGUGACAGCAGAUGCUGGCGAGGAUGUGGAGAAAGAGGAACACUCCUCCAUUAAUGGUGGGAUUGCAACCUUGUACAACCACUCUGGAAGUCAGUCUGGCAGUUCCUCAGAAAAUUGGACAUAGUACUACCUGAAGAUCCAUCAAUACCUCUCCUGGGCAUAUACCCAGAAGAUGUUCCAACUGGUAAUGAGGACAUAUGCUCCACUGUGUUCAUAGAAGCCUUAUUUAUAAUAGCCAGAAGCUGGAAAGAACCCAGAUGUCCCUCAACAGAGGAAUGAAUACAGAAAAUAUAGUACAUUUACACAAUGGAGUGCAACUCAGCUAUUAAAAACAAUGAAUUUAUGAAAUUCUUGGGCAAAUGGAUGUAUCUGGAGGAUAUCAUCCUGAGUGAGGUAACCCAAUCCCAAAAGAAGUCACUUGAUCUUCACUCACUGAUAAGUGGAUAUUAGCCCAGAAACUUAGAAUAUGAAGAUACAAUUUGUAAAGCACAAGAAAAUCAAGAAGAAGAAAGAUCAACAUGUGAAUACUUCAUUCCUCCUUAGAAUAGGGAACAAAAUACCCAUGGAAGGAGUUACAUAGACAAUGUUUGGAGCUAACAUGAAAGGAUGGACCAUCCAGAGACUACCCCACCUGGGGAUCCAUCCCAUAAUCAGCCACCAAAUGCAGACACUAUUACAUAUGCCAGCAAGAUUUUGCUGAAAGGACCCUGAUAUAGCUGUCGCUAGUGAGGCUAUGCCAGUGCCUGGCAAACACAGAAGUGGAUGCUCACAGUCAUCUAUUGGAUGGAACACAAGGCUCCCAGUGGAGGAGCUAGAGAAAGUACCCAAGGAUCUGAAGGGGUCUGCAACCCUAUAGGAGGAACAACAAUACAAACUAACCAGUACCCCCAGAGCUCGUGUCUCUAGCUGCAUAUGUAGCAGAAGAUGACCUAGUUGCCCAUCACUGGGAAGAGAGGCCCCUAGGUCUUGCAAACUUUAUAUGCCUCAGUACAGGGGAACGCCAGGGCCAGGAAGCGGGAGUGGGUGGGUAGGUGAGCAGGGUGGGGGGAGGGUAUAGGAUACUUUCUGGAUGGCAUUUGAAAUGUAAAUAAAGAAAAUAUCUAAUAAAAAUAUCAAAAAAUUAUCAAAGCUGGCAUCGGCAUGGAGGGGAAGGAACAUUAAUCAUUGUUGGUGGAAAACAAGUAGGUCCAGCUACUUUGGAAAACAGCAAGGGAGAUCAAUUACAGAUUCCGGAGAGGAGGGUUCUUAACUUCAGACAGAGCUUCCAUCGCAUCCGGCCUUUCUUGGAUAAACAUCUACCUGAAGCAGACUCCACAUAUAAAAGACAUACUUACUAAAGACCAGUGAGGUGACUCAGUCUAUCAUCAAAGCUCUUGCUGUCCAAGCCUGACUCCACAGAGUUGUCCCCUGGCAUGUGUGUACCCACUUACAUAUAUCAAGCACAUGAACAUACAAUGGACUAUUUGUUGUAGUAGUUUUCUUAAUCUCAAUCCAGGGGUUUGUAUCUGCCUUUAAUCAUUCAGUUCUCAGAUAAAAGACACAAAGUUUCUAUAUUUAUGGUAAGCCUGUAAAGCACUAGUGCUGGACAGAUAUCCACCCUCUCUGCUUUUAUGUCGACUUCCCUGCCAGUAACCCUCAUAUAUGACUUGCCAUAUUCCAUCUGGGCUGCUCUUGCUCACACUGGCCAGCCUUCAUGGUUAAUUCUCAUAAUCAUUUAUCCCAUGGUGUCUCUCUUCUCUCCAACCUUUCUCUCUUCUCUUGUGCUCUUCCUCAGACCCCAAGCCCAAGCACUGAAACCCCACCUACCUCUCUUAUACCCAGCUAUAGGCACCCAGCUAUAGGCGGUCAGCAUCUUUCUUCAACCAAUAAUUUUAAAUUAAAGGGCAAGGUCGCAUACCUUCUCAUUCUGAGGGCAACCAGACAUUGGGGACCAGUAUUUACAUUACAAUACAUAGUAAAACAAUCAUCAACAGCUAUUAUUCAGUCACACAGAAGAAUAGGAAUCUCGCCAGUUGCACCAAGCUGAGUAAACGCUCUGGGUAUUACAUUAAGUAAACUAAGCUAAAUGCUCAAAACCAAACCUCGCUUGUUUUUUGUUCACAACAUAAUUUUAAAAUACAAGGAAAGGGGGUGGGGGAGAGCACUUGAAAGGGUUCAUUAUUGCUCUUGAAGAAGAAAAAAAUAGGAGAAUAGCAUGAAAGAAUAGAUGAUAUAAUUAUCUUACUAUGUAUGCAUGUGUGGAAACAUCACAGCAACAUCCAUCAAUUUAUAGUUCACAUAUGUAAAUUAUCAUCAUAAAAAUCUGGCUCGUCAGGUUGUGUCAGGAUGUCUCGACAGGUGAAUGCAGUUGUCUUCGACCUGAGCUUGACCCCCAGAAGCCACAUGGUAGAAGGAGAUAUCCAACUCCUGAAAGGUGCCCUGUGACCCCACAUACCAGCUACAAUGUACACAUAUACAAUAAACAAAUGGGGUAUAGUUCAUUCUUAAAUUGUAAAAUAUAUGUAACAUAUUACUUUGCUCAGCGUAAUUUCACUGGAUUCUUUUAAUUUUAUUUAUUUUAAGCUGCCCAUCAAACCCCAUAGAGCCUCCUGUUCCUACGUACCAGGAAUGAGAUGCCCAGUGUGUUAUCACCACACCCUGUGUGAUGGUCCAUUUUCUGUCAACCUGACCCAAGCCAUAGUCAUGUCAAGUGAGGGAACCUCAGUUGAGAAAAUGCCCUACCAGAUCGAUCUGCAGGCACAGAUGUGGUACAUUUUCCUGACUAAUGGUUAAGGUGGGAGGGCCCUGCUCACCUUGGGCAGUGCCAUCCCUAGACUGCUGGUCUUAGGUGCUAUAAGAAAGCCGGUUAAGUAAAUUUGGAGGGGCAAUCCAGUAAGCAGCACGCCUCCACGGCCUCUGUUUCUGUCCCUGCCUCCAGGUUUCUGGCAUGCUACGGUGCAUAUGGACUGUUGCCUGGAAAUAUAAGUCAAAAUAAAACCCUUUUGUCUCCACCUUGUUUUGGUAUGUGGUGUUUAUCACAAUAGAAACCCUGAGACACCCAACUUUUAUGUGGGUUCUGGAGUCAUACCCAUUGCCUCAUAUUUCCACAACAGGCACUUAUCAAUUUAGCUAUCUCAGCUUCCACACAACCUCUCUCUCUCUCUCUCUCUCUCUCUCUCUCUCUCUCUCUCUCUCUCUCUCUCUCUCUGUGUGUGUGUGUGUGUGUGUGUGUACACUUAUAUAUGGGUUCACGUGUGUGCAGGUGUGAGUGCACACAGAAACCUGAACAAGGCUGUUGCCGUGAAUCUUUCAUUAUCACUAUUCGCCUUAUUCUUUGAAAUGCCAUCUUCUGACUGAACCCAAGAUCACAGGUAGGCCUCUGUACUGGCUGGUUCUGUGUGUCAACUUGACACAAGCUGGAGUUAUCACAGAGAAAGGAUCCUCCUUUGAGGAAAUGCCUCCAUUAGGGAUCAAGAGGGAGAGGGCCAAUCAUGGGUGGUGCCAACCCUGGGCUGGUAGUCUUGGGUUCUAUAAGAAAGCCAGCUGAGCAAGCCAGGGGAAGCAAUCCAGUAAGCAGCAUCCCUCCAUGGCCUCUGCAUCACCUCCUGUCUCCAAGUUCCUGCCCUGUGUGAGUUCCAGGCCUGAUUUCCUUUGGUGAUGAACAGCAAUGUGGAUGUGUAAGCUGAGUAAACCUUGGCCUCCCCAACUUGCUUCUUGGUCAUGAUGCUUGUGCAGGAAUAGAAACCCUGACUAACACAGCCUCCAUGGCUAGCAUUUGCAUGGGAUCUGAAUAUUCAAAUUCCGUACUUCAUGCUUACUAGGCAUGAUUAAUGGGCCAUUUUCCUAGUCCUAACCAAAGUCUCUUUAACACCAAAGCCCACAUCUUCCUACUCCAAGUUCCUAAUGACUUAAUGAGACUCUGUUUAGGUUCAUAGCCCACGUCCACUUCCAGCAAUCUGCUGCUUCUUCCUCUACAGAUGUGUAGGAAGUUUAUCACACUGUCCUGUCCUGGCUGCCUCCAUGGUUCUUUCCCAGAUAAUUGGAUGAUUCAGACAAAAUAUCAGUCAUCUGAAAAAAAAAAAUACCUUUCUCUAGUAGAAACUGAAGCUAUGUUGAGCAUGGCUUUAUUAAGAUUGUCUAAGUCAACUAUUACAUUUCAUAAUAAACUUGGAUAUUCCCAUCUAAUUUCCCUGGACAGAGAAACCUGAAGCUUCAAAAACCUGUACUAGAUACUGCCAGAAACUCAAAUUACAAAAACAUAGUGAAGAUUUCUUAUCUAUGCCAUGCCCCCCCCCGCCCCCGCCCAGUACUUCCCUGGUAUCUCCUUAAUAUAAGUAAGUCAACCAACAAGAGAUCUAUAUACGAUUCUAGAAAAACUGCAGUUGGUCAUGCCACAAGACCCUGCCAAGUUCUCUGAUUGAAAAGUCAGGAGUUUACUACUUAAGUCCUCUUAGGCACUGGCUAAAUGAGGAGGGAGCAUGCAAGGAAGUUGGUGGAAAAAUGCAGUUUUACACUAAUGCUAUAAUAAAAAGUGGAGAUAAAUAAAAUGAUUUCUGACUCCCUAAUUCAGAGGAUUCCCUGGAGGAACCAGUCCUAGCUGUGACACUGAAAAGUUUCAGAGCAAAGUCCAGAUGUGGAACGGAAGAAAGGAGGUAUUAACUCUCCAGAGGCCAGACGUUUCUGGAUCAGGGCAGAAUACAUUGCACUUUGGAACAUGAGGCAAGAAACACAGCUUCAGGCCACUUGCCAGGGCCUCUUAGGUGAAAAAUAUGGGAACAUUCGAAUCCCUGGGGAAGUAGAAGCUUCAGAGUUUGAAAUGAUUUUGGAUGCUGCUGUCGAGGCAAAAUUAGAGACCAAGUUACUGGAAGAUUGGUACUGUCGGGAUGAGAACUCUGUGCCAGCAGCCUAUUACCUCAGACCCAGGCUGGAGGUGCCAAGAAGCAACAAAAACUCAACACAGCCUUCUGCCAGUAGUGAACAGGAGAGGCCAUGGCAAGAAAUAUCGGAUGAAAUCAAAACGAUAUUUAAAGCUGCUGUCAAACUGCUGCAUGAACAGGGGAAAAUGAAGCAAAGUCAGGCUAAGAGGUACCUGUUCUCAGCUAUCGAGGAUGAGUUUGACUUUGCUCUAGGCAAGCAAACUCCAGCCUUCCUGAAGAAGUGUGUUUGCUACAUCAGAAAGAUUGCUAACAUCGAACGCUUCGUGAAAAUCCCAGAGAUGGGGAAAUACAUGGACAUAACCGGAACAGACCCAAGAAUCGUCCGUGACCCAGAAGCUCAAGAGAAGCUGAUAAAACUCAGGGAUGAAUUCAUUCCUACCAUUGUUGCAUCCUCUAAUUUGAGAGUGUACACAUCUGUCACUCACUGUGACAUGAAACUGGGCUAUUCCCAAGAGAUAGAAAACCAUUACAUAGAAGGACUUGGUAAGCAAUUUUAUGAAGACAUGAUUGAUAUAAUUCAGGCAACAGUACAGCAGAACUUUGACACGGAGACUGAUACGCUGUACGAUGAAAUCCUGCAGCACUCCUCACUGUGUAAAACAUAUGCCUCCUUCUAUGAAUACAAAUGUGAAUCACUAAACAUCUUGCAUAAAUACAUCCUUCCAAGCAAAACCGGGCAUAUCAACCCUCUCGUUGUGUAUGGGGGACCAUGCACUGGGAAGACUCUACUGCUAGCUGAAGUAGCAAAAAAGGCUUAUGGCUGGCUACAUGAAGACACAGGGCCAGACUCUGACCCAGUUGUCAUUGUGAGAUUUCUAGGAACAACAGACAUGAGUAUUGAUCUGAGGACACUUCUUCUAAGUGUCUGUGAACAGCUGGCCGUCAACUACCGGUGUCUGGUUCAAAGCUUUCCUAAGAAGAUCCACGACCUUCGUGACUUGUUUAUAAACCUGUUGAAUGAGUCUUCACUGCAGAGACCUCUGGUAAUCAUAUUGGAUGCCCUAGAGCAGCUCUCGGAGGCCGACGAAGCUAGGAAGCUCUGGUGGCUGCCCGCUCAUCUUCCCCGGUUUGUGCGGAUCAUCCUCUCCACACUGCCUAACAAACAUGGGAUCCUGCAGAAACUCCGGUGCCUUAUCCAUGAAGAAGACAACUACAUUGAGCUGAUUCCCCGGGACAGAAAGAUGUGCAGUCAGGUCCUCAAACAUCAGCUGCUGAGGGUCAAAAGGAAGGUCACGUCCGGCCAGCAGAUUUAUGUAAAUAAUGCAUUCUCCAAGUGCACACUGCCUAUGUUUGUGAACCUAACUUUCAGAGAGGUGAGACACUGGAGAUCUCACAAGGAUGUCGAUGAGUCCUCCCUCUGUGUGACUGUCCACGAAAGCAUAGAGCAGUUAUUCUGGUCCUUGGAGAAGAAGUGUGGUCAGAAACUGGUCUCCAGGGCUCUGGGUUACAUCACCAUGGCCAAAAUGGGUUUGAGUGAAAUGGAACUGGAAGAUGUAUUAGCUCUGGACAACAGCGUUAUGAAUGAACUCAAUGAGAACACCAGACCCAGCAAUCCCCUGAGAGUACCUUACCUGUAUAUUGCAAGGCUCAAGGAGGGUCUCAAUGGGUACUUAAUAGAAAGACAUGUGAAGAAUGUCACACUCUUAGUCUGGGCCAACAGACACCUGCAGCUCAUAGCUCAGAAGCUGUACCUGCAAGAAGACAGCAACCUUCGAGAGAUGCACACAAUCCUGGCAGAUUACUUUCUAGGGGUGUGGUCGGGAGGCAGGAGGAAAGCUUUCUGCCUGGAAGACCCCUACUUGAAUGGCUGCCUCGACUUAGAGAACAGAAGUCUGCUUGAGGAAGAAAAGCACUUCAUGGAACAAGCAUCCUUCGACAGGCAGGCCCCCGACCAGCCCUGGGUUUUCCAGUGUAACCCACUAGAGCCCGACAUCUUUUUUGUCAAUCACCGGAAGAUGUCUGAGCUCUUGUAUCAUCUGACCAGGUGUGGGAAAACCGAUGACCUCCUUUAUGGAAUCAUCAUGAACUUCAGCUGGCUUUACACCAUGAUCAAAAUUGGCCAGUUUGACAAAGUGCUUGCCGACAUAGAACUGGCUUACAACUACUCGCAGGAAAAGGAGCUGAAGUUCCUGGCCAGCACACUCCGUAGCAUCAGAAACAAGGUCAUUGCAUUCCCAGGUUCCCUUUCAGCAGAGCUGCAGCAAAGGCUGCUGCCUGUUGUGAGUUCCCUGCCCAAACUCAGACACCUCCUUUUAGAAUGUGACAAAGACGGACCCAAAUACUGCUCCAUCGUUCCUCUCCAUUCAUCCAUGGAUGUGACAUACAGCCCCGAGCGCCUCCCCUUAGCAUCCAGCCACCUGCACGUCACAGAGAUCCUCCCCACCUGUAACCCCAGCACUGUUCUCACAGCUCUGGAAAAUGGUUCCAUCAGCACCUGGGAUGUAGAAACUCGCCAGCUCCUCCGGCAAAUCACUACAGCCCAGUCCGUUAUCCUGGGCAUGAAGCUGAGCAGUGAUGAGAAGUACCUUGUGGUUGCUACGACAAACAACACCUUGCUGAUUUACGACAAUGUCAAUUCCUGUCUCCUGUCUGAGGUGGAAAUCAAAGGGACCAAGCAUGGAAGCGGCUCCACCUACAUCAAUGGAUUUACACUCUCGGUCAAUCAUGCCCUUGCGUGGCUAGAGGCCAGCAAAGAUGUCACUGUCAUUGACCUGCUCUAUGGAUGGCCCCUUUACCAGUUCCACUGCUGGUAUGAGGUGACAUGUGUCCAGUGCUCCCUGGAUGGGGUAUAUGCUUUCUGUGGCCAAUACCUCAAUAACACCACCAUUUUCCACUUAGGGAGUGGAGAAAAAAUAUGUACCGUGACGUCAGAAUUUUCAGGUGGCUUUGUGAAGUUUCUUCUCAUCUUGGACACAGCUCAAGAGAUGGUCAUGGUAGACAGUGAGGGAAGUCUCUCGGUUUGGAACACCGAGGACAUAUCCAACCCCCAGCUGACUGAAGACUUUGACUGUCGGAAGGAAGACAGCGAAGUGGUGAGCAUUGAGCUUUCGGAAGACCAAAGUGCGAUUCUGAUCUGUAAAGCUCUCAGCAUUGAGCUCUUAGACACCGGCAUGUGGAAGGUAGCUGAAAAAUUCCGAGCCAGGCACAACGAACGCUUUGUAUCUGCCGUGCUAUCCAAAAACGGGGACUGUAUCAUCGCAACCAUGGAGAAUACCCCAGCGGUAUUCUUCUGGAGGCGGGACACAGGACAGUGCCUGGCGAGCUUGCAGGAAAGCUCGGGUACCAUCGUUAAGUUGGUAAAAUCCAGUCACCACAAUAUGCUACUGUCUUUGUCAACCAGUGGCGUUCUUUCCAUUUGGGAUAUAGACAUAAUCACAGCUAUGUCCAAUAUCGAUAAAACUGGAAAACCCAUUCAGAGUCUGGUGUUGCCGGCCAGGGGGGAGAUCAUCUACUCUCUCGAUGGCUCCGAUUGUGUACAUAAAUGGAACUUCAGCAGUGGGUUCAUUGAAGCAGUAUUUAAGCAUGAAGGGAUAGUCGAACACUGUGUGUUAACGUCCACUGGGGACCUAAUGGUGACGUCAGAUGACAAAAGCAGCCAGUACGUCUGGCAUACCAGCAGUGGGGAAAACCUCUUCCGAAUUAACGGGCAGAGGAUCUCUCAGCUGCUGAUCACCCACAACGACCAGUUUGUGGUCUCUCUCUGUGAGGAGAACGCCUCCAGGGUUUGGAGGCUGGCCACAGGCCACAGAGUCUGCAACAUCUUGACCACUUUGCAAAAUGCCUUCAUUACCUCUGCAAACACCUUCGUGGUGGGAAUGACGAAAAGCAAAGUGCUGGCAGUCAGUCUCUGGACCGGAAGUAUCACCAAGAAAUUCUGCUGUGAGGAUGGGAUCACCAUUGUGAAUUUCAAGUUGAUCCCCGACUGUCCUGACGUCAUCGUGUUUAUCACGUCAGCCGAGACCGUGAACCUCUGGAGCCUGACUGAUGAAGUGAUUUGUCGGCGUGUGCAGCUUCCAAGCAACUUCUUGAAAAACCUGGAGGAUUUUGAAAUUUCUCCCAAUGGGAAGCUCGGCAUUAUAUCCCGUGGAGAUGAAAAUAUCAAUGUGCUGGAUUUACACAGUGGAAAGCUACGGGUGGUUCACGCCUCUGGAGUCAUCUGGAGGCAGAGGCUCUCUCGAGAUGGUCGCUACCUGGUGUAUAUUUGUUUCCGGAAUGGGGAGGAGGAGGAGGAAAACGAUGCUAUUUCUAGUUUAAUAGUGAUGAGACUGGCUGACGGCAAAAACAUCGGUGCUUGCUCCCUAUACAAAACACCAACUUUCCUUGCACUUUCUCAGAGACACCUGAACAUCAUCGUCGGCUUUGAUGAUGGGAGUAUAGGGAUAUACACAGUUGUGGAUCGUGUAGAUGCUGCGUUGAAGAUCAAAAUUGCCACAUCGAAUAGCAGACAGAUUUUCAACAAUGCAACGCAGACAUCCAGGCCAAAGUCAAACAGCUACUCCUUUAAAGUGUCUGUGGAUUGCUUAUGGCGAGAGUCCACUGAGGUCUUUGCAAGAGACAGCCCCAUCACCGUGAGUGACUCUUCUGAGUCCAACGAGGCAACACCCUCCAAGAAACACAAUUCUUGUUAUGACCGAGUGUGUGCUGCCCUAGAAUCCAGGAGCCACAGCUACACUCCAGAUAACUGACACGAUGUUUAUCCUACUCAACCGAAAUACAUAAUCCAUGUAUGACAGAAGAAAAAAAAAAGCAAAGUGCAUCUUCUGGACACAAAUGAUGAGCUGCUAAUUUCUGGAAUUCUCAGUUUACUAAUAUUCUCACGAAAGGAACAAAACUAUGAGACUUGGGUGCCAUCUUUUUGUCCAAAUGUAUUCGAGAAAAUAGAGAAUGUCCAGAAGAGACGGUAAAAUGGCCAUCUCCCCCAGAAGAGAGCAAAUACAAUCUUUUAAAUUUGCUGUGUAAUAAGAAUCAGCACAAUUCACUACAUGGAUUCAGAUGAGAGAAGCUAGAGGUAGUUAUAGGUAGACCAGUUGGACUAGAAUUAGCUCUACAGAAGCCAGUUGAAAUCGUGAUUGCAGAGGACCGUUUGACUCUGAGUGGGGGGGAUGUGACAGCCAAACGCAGCCUUAAUAUCUCUUUACGUUUCUCGAUCCUGACAACUGUGUAAACGCAAGAGGUCUAAUGGUGCAAAAUUGUGUAAGAAAGGUGUCCAGAUGUGUUUCGGUUUUCCAGGACAGCACACAAAGCAUGUGAGAUGGUGAACGGACCAGGACAAGAACUAACUACCAUUAUCAUAGGGCUACUGAACAUGGAGAGUCAGUCUUCAUCAAAACACAACGACUGCAUGCAAGGGUUUCUGUGCAAUGCGAUGUGUAAUUUUUAAACUGUUUCUCUCGUGGAUUGCAAAAGAAUCCCACUUAAUGAGAAGCCACAGUCCGCUCACGCCUUUUCUUGCGAUGCAUAUUCGUGCUGAGUGUAAAGAGGUAUGGGAAGGGCAUUAUGAGUUUGAUCAAAGCAUCUGUCCGUUUAUUUGUUGUACUUUACCAGAGUCCGCACUCUCCAGUCAGUUGUGGGGGAGCCUAAUGUUUCCCAGACCCCUGCAGUAUCUUAAUAGAAAAGCAAGCUUUUGAAACACACCAUCUCUGAAACGCUGGUGGCACUGCCUUACUCUCAUUCCGCCUCUCUCCUGUGUAAAAUGCAGAUAAACGACCAAAAACUCUGGGACAAACUGAAUAUGCCUGUCUCUGUGCUAAAAUAUCCCAUAGAUCUUAAGGGCAUCCAAAGGUUCCUAUCAUUCCCUGUUUGUAAUCACUUUCUUACUUCCACACACCGUAUGUACACUUCUCUCUCUGUUCCACUUCCAGAUUGAGGACUUUCCCAGUCUUACUGUUUCAAGGCUGAAACUAUGAAAUGGCAUUAAAAAAAAAAAAAAAAGACUUCAUCAAUUUGAUGGCAAAUAUAUCUCAGAAGGUGAAGGUGGUUUUCUUCCUUCCAAGUCCUCCACGUGGCAUGUCCUGGAAGACCUCUCAAGGGGGUCACUGAUAGUAAUUGGUUUGAUUUUCUCUCAAAGUGGAACUUACUUAAAUCAGAACAUUGAACAAAGAACCAGCUUAUUUUCAUCCUGGCUCUGCUUGUGACUCAGCAUGUACCUGUAGUUUGACCUCUAGCCUCACCGAGUUUAUUGCUUUUGUGGACUGCAAAAUGAAGACGGGGAUAGUUUCUGCUGUAGCCUGUUAACCUGGUGGGGAUGCCAGGGAGUGAUAUGAGAAAAACAUUACACAGUGCCAUCUUGAUUGCUGACACGGUAGGAAAAGGGAAAAUUAUCUAAACCCCUAGAGAAUCCAGUUGUAUUCCACUGGUGGAAGGAUUUAACACGUAAGCAUUUGAAGGUGUUGUUCAGAUAGCAACACCCUUCUCCAUGGUGAAACACCUUUGUUCAAUGUAUUCCUCCUAGUUUAGCUACCAACCAGUAAGUGGAAGCCCUUGAAGGGCUAAGAUCUAUAUACACGUGAUCUGGAGUCCAUACUUUCAGCUCUUCAGCCAACACAUUCUUAUUCCUGUUCUUAUCAGUUGAACGUCCAUGCCAUACAUUUCUAAGAACUAAAUGCCUAGGUGGGUUACAUGUAGUGUGUGAGUGUUCUGUGAAAAAAAA